ACCCAAAGCGUCCUGUUAUGCAACAACUGACCUACUAACAUACAUUUAGAGACUGAGAGAGAAGAGGAAAUAGAGAGAGGGAGGAAUUGGCGCAAACAUGACACGAGGAGCGCACUAAAAACAAGAUCCACUGUGUGUUCGCACUCCUUCUGUAUACGCGCACUCAUCGAGGCGAGCUGGAGUUUUGCAAAGUGGUCGACGGUGUGUGCGUGUGCGUGUGUGUGCCCGUGUGUUUAUGAGUGAAUGUGAGGGUAGAAGACACCACACGGAUUGAUGCCCACUGUGGAUUCUAUAAACUACACAACCAGCUUUUAAUCUUGACAUCAGCAGCGGAAAGAACAGAGGGAGAGCGAGCGAGCAAACAUUCCCCAAGAGACUGACACGCUGAGGUAGACAGGCCGACCUACAUGCUGCAGUUUGCAUGCAGAUCUGGGACACCUCCGUACCAGCUUAGCUUAAGUCAUUGACUGCAAUACGUGAAUCGACGCUGAGCCCAAAGCUACAAGUGAAUAAAUGAGGGUUGCAAAUGCUGAGCUCCAACUCUUCUUGAUCUUCGUGGCUAACUUGGACACCGGAGUUCCCGACUAGCAAUAAACAGACGGCUCAAGACCCCGAAGAACACCUGAAAAGUGUUCUUCACCCUAAUCUCUGACUUGUUGUUUUGUCCAGUCAACAUUUCAAACUGGCUACCACAAGAAAAGAAUGGAAAAUCUAACGUCAGCCCUCAAAAACUCAGGAAGUAACAUAAACUGCCUUGAGACCUUCAGCGGUUAUGAAGAGUCUCUGCCCCCUCUCCAAGGGACUCCGACUCGCCUGGGCCGCAUCAUCAAGCCCAAACCCAAUGCAACCUGCAGGCGAAAGCGGGAGUUCAUUUCGGAUGAGAAGAAAGACGCUUCCUAUUGGGAGAAACGGCGAAAGAACAACGAGGCAGCCAAGCGCUCCCGUGAGAAGAGGCGUCUCAAUGACAUGGUUUUGGAGAACCGUGUCAUUGCACUGAACGAUGAGAAUGUCAGGCUCAAGACAGAGCUGCUCCAGUUGAAGCUACGCUUUGGCCUUAUAAGCACUGCCUCUUACAUUGAAAAGAGCCAGCAGAUCGGGGCAACAGGCAAUAGCACAGGAAACGGAGGGUCCUCCUCUUCAUCAUCGUCCUCCACUCAGUACUACUCCAGCGGGUAUUCCAGCAGCUCUCAGGUGAUGAUGAACUCUGACUCCUCUGAAACCGAGCAGUCCGGGCGCAGCGACGGCCACAGGCAGUUGGUGAAGUACUCCCCACGUGGUUCCCUGUCUGACAUGUCUGACGGCUCCUCCAGAGACAGCCCAGAGCCAGUUCCCUUUGAGAUCAAGCAAGAAGGCGACAGGCUGGAGAUGGAUAUUACCAAUGGCACCACUACUCAGAUCAUGUUUAACAUCCAUCGCGGUCUGGCUUCGGUACCCACUCAUCACCACCUCCAACAGCAUUCUCAGGAGAUGGAGGCUGCUUACCACAGCCAGCAACAGCAGCACCAUCUUCACCAUCAGCAGCAACAUCAGGAGCCUGUUCCCUCUAUCACGAACCAGCCUGCUCCUCAACCACCUGCUGCACAGAGGAGUGUCAUUCUCUAUGGCUCAAGCAGUGCCUCCUACGCCGUGGACAGCUUGACAAGGUCCCAGGAUACUGAUGUGCAAAAGCAGAGCAGCAGUAGCAGCCAGGCGUGUGUCAGCCAACAACCCCACUCCUUUGCCGAGAGCUCCACAGAGACUCUCACAGAGGUGACAAAACAGCUGGAGAGGAAAACAUUAGACUCCCCUCCAUAUGAGCUCGCAGGCAGCCAUAAUGAGGCUGGAGAGAGACAAGUAUACAAAGUUUGUCAGCAGACUCUGCGGGAGCAUCAAGAGACCGUUUUGUCCGCGGAGGUUAUCCACAGACAAGUGGAGGAAGUCAGCCAUCCCCACCUCUAUCACCACCAGCCUCAUCCUUCAUACCUCAGUGCCCAAGACGAGGAGCCACCUGUUCUUGCCUAUGAGGGCGAGCUUCCUAAUGAGGCUUACUACCAAGGCCAAUCAAGUUCCUCUGGUAAAGACACCUCAUCUAGUGAUGGGGAUCCAAGGAGCUCUGACAAAGAGGCCUCUACUGAUGAUGAGGAGUCCCCCUCCUCGUCCUGCUCAGAUCUCGGCAACUACCCCAACCGACAUCUCAGCAGCACCCACCAGCCGGGCUCCCCUCAACCAUCAUCCCAGAGCUGCUCUCAGGCCCACGGCCGGGACCCCCAGGGAGAGGUGAAGGGCACAGCAUUACCCCACAAACUCAGACUCAAACACCGGGCCAUGAGCUCCGGAAGCACUGGAGGCCAUUGCUCCGGCCAAGAGUCCCCAACAACCCCUCCCUCUGCCACCCCACCACCCCUCCCUCAGCAUCCUUAUUUAUCCCUGUCGCCACAGCAGAACAUUAAGGGCCUGAGCCCAGGAGUGGCCUCGAUACUGGCAGCAUCAGAGGGGGAGGGCAAGAGGAGAGAGAACGGAAAAAAGGAGACAGGUGGACGACGGAACAAGAGGCGAGAUUAGGUGAUAUGGAAUUCGGUGACGGCUGCGUAUUCUCCAGUGCUCUUUAAAGUAAAGACAAUUGCUCCUCUGUCACUGUCCUGCCGUAAUGCCUUUGCCCUGUGAUCCACCUCUUGUUGGCGGGACACAAAGCUGAGCUUUUCUACACCCUGAACCUCAACGUCACCAAAAAGGCUGAACUUCUUGUCCUGUAGGACUGUAUCAUACCUGUAAAUAUUGUACAGAUUUGUCAUUUCUUACAUCCUCCCCAUACUUACAAAAGCACUUUUGUUUAUGUGAUGAGAGGAGGAAUGGAACUACCUACUUUUCUACUUACGCCAUUAAUGCCACACCAUAAAGCGUCAGAGUCAAAGCACAUUUUGACCAAAAAGAAUGUAGAAAAUCAGUGUCACGCUUUAUCCGUACUUUAAAUUUGUUGCAUAUCUGGCUGGAGACAAGAACGCAUGGCUGAACAUGCCUUAAUUCAAAUCAAACGCAAGCAUACUCUUGCAACGUUCCCUCAACCAAAGAAGCUCUAACACCACCAAUACUACAAAUUUCCAGUUCCAUACCUCUUCCCAGACCCUACCUCUAUGACCCCCUUAUUUCACAAAAGAUUUGCAUCACCUUUAUUUUUUAAGCACUUGCUUUGUAUAUUAAUGUGAGAUAUGAAUAUAUGUAUCUAUUCUAAAUAUAUAUUUUACAAGGAAAUUUGAAUACAAAUGCAACAAGGAUUUUUGAAAUGACCAUCCUUUAAGGAAUCUGAAUGAAAUUACAGUGGAACCUCAGUUUUCGUCGUGAUUCUGUUCCAAAAGGAAAACCCGAAACCUACGAAAAACGAAUACAUUUUUCCCAGAAGUAUUGUAAAUCCAUCCGGACACCCAAAAAUAUGAACGCAACACACAUUUUACACAGAAUAAUUUCUGAAAAAAAUGUAUUUUAUGUGUCUUUGUCAAACCUGUGUUAAAGGUAUUUUCGUUUACAUCACAAUCCUAUCGUACAGUCAUUUUUCUCGCCUUCUUUACCAAAGUUCUGGCACUUGCAACUUUUUUUGUAGCUGUAUUUUUUUGUUUUUUUUAAAAAGCGCUGCUUCUUCGAACACUCAGAAAUACACAGUGCGCUUGAACGGAUCAUCAGCGAACAGCACACUGUAGUAGGUGUGAGAAAGGCAAUAGAUAUGAGUUGUUCAUUGUUCUGUGUGUGUUCUAUGAACAAAUAAACCACCCCCGCACACGUAAUGAAGAUGAUUGAAGGAUUCCCUGGAAUCUGUCUAUAGUGUCCCAAAUCUGAAGGAACCACUACCCAUUCUUCUCCAACAUGUGGAUGUUUGGCGGUACAAAAACACAUAUUUUGUUCGAAAACCAAAUCCUACGAAAACACGGGUUUCUGAAAACCGAGGUUCCACUGUACUGUACAGCCACAUUGUCUGCUGUUGCUACAGGACCCACUCAAAUCAAAACGCCUCUCUUGAUUGUUACGCUUUUGCAUUAAUCCUUUGUUAAUGCCCUGUUUACACAGAAGUGGCUGUCCAGUUCGGAGAGCCCACAGCACUGAAUGGAGAACAUUUUGUUUCCUGGGGCGAGUGCCUCAUUAAUGAAAAUGUUUGGAUUUUUUUAACCUUUAAACCAGCCUUUAAAAAUGUGGUGGAAGUCACCAGCUGCAGGUUAUAAUAAGCCUUUAGUUUAUUUGAGCUUUAUCGACCAUAUCUGUUGUCACCAUUCACUGGCCCGAUGUAUUUAUUUCCCUCUUCUCCACUUGCCCAUCACUGUAUAAAAAAGCCCACAGGAACAUAGACAGAAUGUGUACAUACCUACUAAGAUCUGCAGCUUGGAGUUUGAACUGUGAUGUAGGCAUUCGACGCUUGGGGCUAAAUGUAGUAUAAGCUGCUAGGCUGUCAUGUAAAAAUGUACAAUUACUACACACUUAUUGACAAGUUGUAGUGAUCAUUGCGAUUCACUUUGGAUAGCAGAUAAGAUUGCCCCAAUUGCCUCCGUUAUCCGGUUCUCACUGCAGUGCUGCUGCACAGUGAUGUGUAGCCCGCACUGGAUCCAAGUGAAACAGAAGUAUAUGUACCAUGUUUGGCUUUUUGGCACUUGUGUAUAAAUGUAAAGUCCCCUUACCCUCGAACAACACUGUAAUGUUUAUUUCAUUGUUUUUAUAUCCUCUUUUUCGUCAAGGUGUUGUUCAGUUUCCCGCUAUACUGUGUCUUUUUUCCUAUUGACCGUGAUGACAUGUAUUUGCCUCAUAGCGCCCCCGACGCCCGCUCCCUCCCUCUUUUCAGUGUGUAUUAAUCAGUAACGUUUGUGGUUUUGCUGAUGGUUUUAUGAAAAAGACAAGUGGACGAAAAAUAAUCAACAGGCACAGGUAAUGUGGUGUUUGAGAUGGGUAUCGAGGUUGGUCCGGCUGGUCAUUGCCAUCGCUUCCUUUUGACAUGAACAUGUAUGUAAUGACGCUAAUGUGGAUGAUGGGAGCAUUUCAAGACCGAAAAAGAAAUAAAAAGAAUGUUGACCCAAUUGAAAAGUCUUAAAU